AUGGCGGGCACCGCUGGUAAACCAUUCCGUUUUCUCGACCUCCCGAUCGAAGUCCGGAACGCGAUUUACCAUGUUGUUCUCUGCGAGCCUCCGCCUGCGAAGCUGCGCCGUGUCGAGCAGGCCGACCUUCUCUGGCUACCUGAAGGCAUGGCAACGAUCACACAUCCGAGCGAGAUGCAAAUCCUCCAGGCCAGCCGCCAAGUCCACGCGGAAGCUAGAGAUGUCAUGCUCCGCGGCAAUCAGUUCAUUCGAAUCCGCGCUCGAGGCGUGGGCCAAGUGAUCAAGGGUUUCUUGCUCGCCAGGCAAAUUCCCAUUGUUCGCACUACUGCACUCUCAAGGGACAGAUUCCAGGGCUACGUCAUGACACACUCUAUCGAAUUGACGUCCGAUCGGCCUGAGGAUUUCCCUGGGCCUAAGCAAGACACCGACGUUGACCUGGUCAUCCUGCAUCGUGACCUCGAUCUAUUCUGCGAAGCCCUUGCCACCAGGGGUACUUUAAUGGUCAGGGGGUUCGGCAGUCUGACCAAACAUAACCUGACUAUUCACAAUCCCUUUGACUCUACUCUGAGCCCGGGUUUCAUGGGCGAGAAGAACCAGGAGCGGCUCCUUCAGCCCUAUCGCCACCAUUUGCGCGGGUUCUCCCACUUCUCGGUUGAUGGCAACCUCUCCGCCUCUUUGGCAGAGUCUGUGAAAAAGGCCGUUGCCGAAGAGAAUCUUCCCGAGCCCGAAGAGGUCGUAGCCGAGUUCAAACGAAGCAAAGAUCUAGGCAACCGCUUCUUCAGGCAGAAAGAGUUCCACAAGGCUGCGGAAGCAUACACUACAGGCUACAUCAAGGUCGCGCUCAUCAGGAACGGCAAUAUCUGGCCACAAAACAUCCUAGUCUUCCUCCGGGAGACGUCAGAGUCCGACCAGACCAAGAUCCAGUACUACUGCGGCAAGGCCGACUACCAUGUCAAGUCGGCCAUGGCAGCCGGGGACAACUUCACGACGGACUGGCGCCCGAGCUUGCAGCAGAUGGCGAAGCUGUCGUUCCGGGCCGCGUCGAUAGAGCGCGUGCUGGGCAACAUGGACGCCGCUAAAUCACUGAUAGAUAUUGCGCGCCAGCAGGCGCCUAGCGACCCCGUGAUCAGGGCGCGAGGCGGAGGAAAUCGAGGGCCUGAUGCGCUCGCAGGCGGGGCUCGGGCGACUGUUGCUCUGAGUUGGCUGUGA